GUCAUUUAUUGGUUAUAAAUACAAAUUUGAGAGCGUAUAGCGAACUUAAGUGAAAAAGAAUUAGAAUUAGAAUAGAACAAUUGAUAUAAAGAAUUCACAAAGAAAUGUUGGGAAACUGAAAUUUAAAAAUGCAAAUUGAAAAUUUAAACAUAAAUGGCGUGAAUAUACCACACAGAGUCGUACCAAUUGUUGCUGAUGGAGCGUGCCUAUUCCGAGCGCUAUCAUACGUUAUAUAUGGCCGCCAAAAUCUAGAUAGAGAACUACGUAAACGAAUAGUAGAUCAUGUAAUUGAACGUUGGUCCCAAUUCUCUAUAAUGUCCCAUGACAGUUAUGGCAACAACUACGCAAAUGCCAAUGCAUACUAUGCUGACAUGUCCCAAUCCAAUACUUACGGUGGUUUAUGCGAAUUGACAGCAGCUGGACAGCUUUUUGAAUUAAUAUUUGAAGUCUAUCGUAAUGGUAAACUAUACGCCAAAUUCGGUAAUGAAGGUAAUCCGAUACGACGAUUGCGUUUCACGAAUAAUCUUUCCAGUGGCCAUUUUGAUGUUUAUUUGCAAUAUGAAUCUGUAUCACCAACUCAUUCUAGUGAUAUGCCAUACUACCAUUAUGAAUAAUCUAUUUCUAUAUUCACAUCUGAGACAUACAUAAUAUGACAUGAAUAAACAUCAAGAUAGGACUUCGACAAAAAAACUAUAUUCGUUCUAAUUUUGAGAUUCAUCGUUUUGCAAUAGCAGAAAUUAAAUAAAAGCAACAGUAAGGUGUACAAGGCUUCAGCAAAGAAGUGUCAAUAAUAAAAGGUUUAUAAGACAGUGGCAAAGAAAUAUCAAUAGAAGAAACCAAACAUGUAUAGGUAGCAGGCAGCAAAGUAUGAACCAACUGACUUGUGAAGUGCUGAAAAGGAAACGGUUUAGUGGAGAAAUAAAGAUUACGCAGACAAUAUUACUAGACCUCUCGUUGAUUAUGUCACAGCGCUCUUAAGUGAAAAGAACUAUUAUAUUUUUAAUAAAGUACAGCUUUUCCCAUUAGUACCUUUCCGGAGGGUCCUCUUUAUGGUUAGAUGGAGCUAGUAAAAUAAACAAUAAACUCACCACUGUAGGAUCUUAUGAGUGUGAUGUUACUGGUGCUUCUGAGGCUCAUUAGUUCGAGGACAGCAGUGUCUAUGAUUGUUGUAUAAUCUUUAUAUGUAUCUUUAACAAAAAUUAAAUAAAAAUGACAAAAUGAAUAGAAAUUUAUCCUGGCAACCUCAGUUGUAAUGUAAUUAGAAUAACCACUAAAUGAAUUUCUAACACAUACGAGGAAAUUAUUGAAGUACUACCACUCUGUACUUGAGAAGGAAAAUUAUUUAGUGACCUAGUGUUUUGUUAAUGUUAUUAUGAG